AUGGGUAUGAAAGAAAUUAAUACAUGGGUUUUAAUACGAAGAUACGAUAAAUUAGAAUCUGAUAACGCAAAACUCCAAACAAGUUUAAAAAAAUUGACACUAAGCCAUGACAUGAUUUCCGACGAAUUAAAAUCAUUGAUCUGUGGAUCUAUUGAUGUCGAUGAUGAUGGUUCAAAAGUAUUUAAAAUUCGACGAUUUGACAAUAAUCUCAUACCUUUAUCAACUUUACUGAAUGGAUCAUCGCCAGAAAGACCAUUUAUUAUUGACGUGGUUGGAGUUCAUCAAUACUGCCCAGUUGAAACACGUACAAUUUUACCAAGCUACAUCGAUGCAUUACAAGCUAAAUUUAAAGAUUUAGAAAAAAGAGUAAAACUAGCGGAAACAGCAUUACCAAAUUUAAACGAUAAUCAUGUUAAAUCUAUUGAAGAUGCGGCAACUCAAUUAUCAACUUGUCUUCAUUUUCUUGAUCGUCGCCUCGAUGAACUUAUUCCCGCUUCAUGGCAAUCACAAAUCAAUUCUUCAGCUUAA